GGAACUGCCUGAGGGUUCCUCCGAGCAGGAGUGCACGGGUGUGGGUGCCAUUGUGUGUGAGCGGGAGGAUGGGAGGCCAGUGCCUGUGGCCCCGGUGUGGGUGAGCGGGGCAUCUUGCACCUUAGUGCAGCCGCCUGGCCUCCGGUGAAUAACUUGGGUAUGGAAUGGUGUCUGUCCCUGCAUGGGUGCAUAUGACCCCGCCAGUGACCAGAGUUGCUAAUGGUGUCAUGCACGCACUGGUCACCCCUCACGACGCUAGCGCCCCCUUCUGUGCACCCUAAUCUGUAUGCCCUUACAGUUCGCUUGCUCAAGAGUGGGGGCCUGGGUCGGGAGCGGGGGCUAAGGAGAAAGAUGGUCUGUGGAAGAGCUGAGCCGGGACCCCUGGGACCUUCACGGAGGUGGCCUGGGAGCGCUCAGUUCCCAGGCUCAGGCUUCCAGCUGACGCCUCCGGGCCGCAGCGCCCCCCCACCCCCCAUCCCCGCCCCAGGAAUGUGCCUCUCCUCUUCAGCCCGCCUCUCCAAGUGCAGGUCCCUGGGGACCGCGACAGCCCCGCCUUCCCUUCCCGGGCGCCCUGGAGGGGGCGAGGCGGGCAGGACGCCUGGGUUCUCUCCUCCCCCCUCCCAACUCAGGGAGAAAUUCCUCCGAGGUCCCCUCAGGCUCUGGGUUCCCAAAAUAACCCUGCGGGGGAAGGGAGGCUGAGGAGGGAGGGAAGCGGGCGAGGCGCAGAGCUGAGCUGCGGGGUGCUGCAGGGGAUAGGUGCGAAUCCGGCGGGAGGCUCCCGGAACGCAGCUUGGGCCCAGCCCACCCGCGCUGGCGGCCAUGGCGGGCACCCUGGACCUGGACAAGGGCUGCACGGUGGAGGAGCUGCUCCGCGGCUGCAUCGAAGCCUUCGAUGACUCCGGGAAGGUGCGGGACCCGCAGCUGGUGCGCAUGUUCCUCAUGAUGCACCCCUGGUACAUCCCCUCCUCUCAGCUGGCAGCAAAACUGCUCCAUAUUUACCAACAAUCCCGGAAGGACAACUCCAAUUCACUGCAAGUGAAAACGUGUCACCUGGUCAGGUACUGGAUCUCAGCUUUCCCAGCGGAGUUUGACUUGAACCCGGAGCUGGCUGAGCAGAUCAAGGAGCUGAAGGCUCUGCUAGACCAAGAAGGGAACCGCCGGCACAGCAGCCUCAUUGACAUCGAGAGUGUCCCCACCUACAAAUGGAAGCGGCAGGUGACCCAGCGGAACCCUGUGGGACAGAAAAAGCGCAAGAUGUCCCUGUUGUUUGACCACCUGGAGCCCAUGGAGCUGGCGGAGCAUCUCACCUACUUGGAGUAUCGCUCCUUCUGCAAGAUCCUGUUCCAGGACUAUCACAGUUUCGUGACUCACGGCUGCACCGUGGACAACCCUGUCCUGGAGCGAUUCAUCUCCCUCUUCAACAGUGUUUCGCAGUGGGUGCAGCUCAUGAUCCUCAGCAAGCCCACAGCCCCACAGCGGGCCCUGGUCAUCACACACUUCGUCCAUGUUGCAGAGAAGCUGCUGCAGCUGCAGAACUUCAACACGCUGAUGGCGGUGGUCGGGGGCCUGAGCCACAGCUCCAUCUCCCGCCUCAAGGAGACCCACAGCCACGUCAGCCCUGAGACCGUCAAGCUCUGGGAAGGUCUGAUGGAACUAGUGACAGCCACAGGCAACUAUGGCAACUACCGACGCCGGCUGGCAGCCUGUGUGGGCUUCCGCUUCCCCAUCCUGGGUGUGCACCUUAAGGACCUGGUGGCCCUGCAGCUGGCGCUACCUGACUGGCUGGACCCUGCCAGGACCCGGCUCAAUGGGGCCAAGAUGAAGCAGCUCUUUAGCAUCCUGGAAGAGCUGGCCAUGGUGACCAGCCUGCGGCCACCGGUGCAAGCCAACCCCGACCUGCUGAGCCUGCUCACGGUGUCUCUGGAUCAGUAUCAGACAGAGGAUGAGCUGUACCAGCUGUCCCUGCAGCGGGAGCCUCGCUCCAAGUCCUCGCCAACCAGCCCCACAAGCUGCACACCGCCUCCCCGACCCCCUGUGCUGGAGGAGUGGACCUCAGCUGCUAAGCCCAAGCUGGACCAGGCCCUCGUGGUGGAGCACAUUGAAAAGAUGGUGGAGUCUGUGUUCCGGAACUUUGAUGUCGAUGGAGAUGGCCACAUCUCACAGGAGGAGUUCCAGAUCAUCCGUGGGAACUUCCCUUACCUCAGCGCCUUUGGGGACCUCGACCAGAACCAGGAUGGCUGCAUCAGCAGGGAGGAGAUGGUCUCCUACUUCUUGCGCUCCAGCUCUGUGCUGGGCGGCCGCAUGGGCUUCCUACACAACUUCCAGGAAAGCAACUCCUUGCGCCCGGUCGCCUGCCGCCACUGCAAAGCCCUGAUCCUGGGCAUCUACAAGCAGGGCCUCAAAUGCCGAGCCUGUGGUGUGAACUGCCACAAGCAGUGCAAGGACCGCCUGUCAGUGGAGUGCCGGCGCCGGGCCCAGAGUGUGAGUCUGGAGGGGUCUGCACCCUCACCCUCACCCACACACACCCACCAUCAUCAUCGCGCCUUCAGCUUCUCCCUGCCCCGCCCUGGCAGGCGAGGCUCCCGGCCUCCAGCUGUGACUGGAUCAAGGACUCAUUCCUGCCUUGGAGAAAACACUUGGACCAGAGCAGGGAGCCUGGGGGUGCUGGGGCAGGAGGCUGGGGCUGGGGGUGGGUGUGAGGGUGGCAUGUGGCUAAGGACAGGGCCUGGGCUGGUGUCCCUAAGGUUGUACAGACUCUUGUGAAUAUUUGUAUUUUCCGGAUGGAAUAAAAAGGCCCGUGUAAUUAACCU